UGUUGCUACAGAUAGACUAUUGAUGGAGAGGCACCCAUCUAUAGUUUGGACUCCAUGUGCCGCCCAUUACAUUGACCUCAUGUUGGAGGAUAUUGGAAAAUUCCCAAGGGUCAAGAGAUGUGUAGAAAGGGCGAGAAAUGUGUGCAAAUUUGUAUAUAAUCAUUCAUGGGUGUUGGCUCUUAUGAGACAAUACACAGAGCAUAAGGAGUUAGCUCGUCCAGGAGUCACAAGAUUUGCCACAAACUUCAUCACAUUGCAGCCAUGCUUCGCUGUAAGUCGGCCUUGAGACGUAUGAUUGUUGGUGAGGAGUGGUCUUCCUCAUCCUAUGUUGCCACCCCUGUAGGAAAAGAUACGGUAGACUGCAUUUUUGAUGAGGAAGACUUUUGGAUCCCUUGUGAUGAGAUAGUGAAGUUUGUUAAGCCCUUGGUGGUUCUGUUGCGAGUUGCGGAUGGAGAAAAGCCCGCAAUGGGCUACAUAUAUGAGGGCAUGGAUAGGGAAAAGGAGGGCAUCAAAUCCGUCUAUGGAGGAGAUGAGAGCAAGUAUGGUCCCAUUUGGGAGAUCAUUGAUAGGAGAUGGCAUCAUCAGCUUCAUAGGCCCAUCCAUGCAGCAACCUAUUAUCUGAAUCCGGCAUUCCAUUUUAGCCCUACUUUCAAGGUUGAUGUGGAGGUCAUUAAUGGGCUAUACUCAAUCAUGGAGAAGAUGGCACCCGCUGGUUCUACUCAAACAGAGCUUAUUCGAGAGCUACAGUUGUUCUCAAAUGCACAAGGGGAGACCUUCUCCUGUCCUAUCGCCAAAGAAAGUAGGACAACUAUGAUGCCAGGUAGAAAUAAAUUGUAAGGCUUAAUUCUAGUUUUAUUGUUUAUCGUUAAAUGAGUUUAUGAGUGAGACUGAUUUUAUUUAUUUUUCUCAUUUCAAACUCAAAUAAUUGGUGGAGCUUUUUUGGCCCAAUGACACCAAAUCUUCAGAAGUUGUCCAUUCGCAUCUUGAGCCAACCAUGCAACGCAUUUGGUUGUGAGCACAAUUGAAGUAUGUUUGAGCACAUACACUCCAAGAGGCGCAAUAGAUUAUCCAUGGAGAAGAUGAAUGAUCUCGUCUUGGAUCACUACAACCUCCGCCUGAGAAUGAGAAAGAAUGCAUUAGCUGACAUCUCUCCUAUCAUUCUAGAUGAGGUUGAUCCUGAUGUAGAGUGGGCCAGUGAGACAGAUCCUGUGACUGUCUUUAGUGAUGAUGACACUGAUUGGAUCGACCAGGUAGAUAUAGAGGCUGAGGCUGUAGCCAUGGUAGAGGAGGAGCAGAGAGCACGAGCAGAGACAGGAGAUUCAGAAGCAGAUAGUGACACAGAUGUUCCUGAUGUUGGUGAGCAUGGCAUGGUGUCACGGGGAGCGGCUAUGGUUGUUGAAUCAUCCAAGACCUACCUUAGACGCCUUCGCAGGGGGCCAGGACCAAAGGGUGCACGCUCCUCUGAGCCAUAGGCUUGUAGUUGUAUUUACCUUUGGUAUUUGUAUGGAACAUUUGAUGAUGAUCAUAUGAUGACAUGGAGUUUUUAUUCCAUGAGUUUUGUAAUAUUGUAUACAUUUGACAAUAUUUAUAUAUCUAUGUUUGUUAUUUCCUUCAGCUACAAUUUGCAUUUAUGCUUAUGUGAUUGAUGUAUACUUGUGUAUGUAAUCAAAUGAGCCGAGUUUGAUGAUGUUAUUGUGUCUUUAAAGUGUAUUCAAUAAAGGGUGCAUGAAACAAGUUUUAAAUCUUUAAAAUCUCUAAACUUCUUGAGUUUUUCGCUUUCCCGAGUCCAGCUGAGUCUGACUCCAAGUCCCGAGUCCAAGUCCGAGUCGGCCUUGCCGAGUUCGAGUCCCGUUUCUUUGGUUAUGAUGGUGUUCAUUAUGAUAUGAAAAUUCUUUGCAUACCCCUUGGAAGAUUGCACCGGUCGUGUGGAGUAGAUGUUGAGCUUGGUGAAGCAGAACUUGGUUAAUGUAGAAUUUGUCCAUUGGAGCACUAUCCAUUUAUAUCAUUGUCCUUAGGAGUAGAAUAGACUCUCUAACCCUUUCCCCUUUUUACUUUCAGUAUAUUUCUGGUUCGUUCGAAGAGAGAGGCAUCACAAAAUUGCAAUAUCUGAUGAUCAAGUUCCACUGCAAAGAAGUGAAAGAAUGAUCCAAAUAUAAGUCCCUUUGUGUUACCAGCAUAUUACAUCAGGCCAAAUGAGCUCGUAUCCAACUUAAAGUCACAAGUUCGCAGUAGAAACCUUGGAGUGGCCUCUAUGAUCUUCACAAUAUUAGCAUACAAGGGGUCUUUGCUCAAAAGGAUAGAGUGUUCUUUGGCACUUUAUUCUGUGUUGGUGUGGUCAUAAAACACCCAUUAACAGGACCAAUUGUAACUCUAAUUUGAUUAGCAAUCACACUUGUUAGGGAGCCACCUUAGAUGAAUGUAUCAAUAACCUCCCUAAUGCAUAGAAGAGUACUAACUGAUAUAUGAUAUUUGCCAAAGGUAUAUAAAUCUGCUAAAUAUUAACAAAUGCUUUGAUUCUUAUUAAUAUUACUAUAACUGAGUUUCUGAUCUGCAGAGUAAUUGCACAUAUUAAUAAGGCUGUGGACC